GCCCUUUUUCUCAUCUUACCUCCCGAAUCUAUAAAAAGCAUUUGCUUUAAAUAGCUUAACAUAUGUUGUCAUUGAUACAUGUGUCUCAGGGGAGUUUAGGGCGUGCAUGGUGCGUGUGACAAGGCGGUCUGAUUCCGCAGGCAACAGAUUUCUUCUUUGAAACCAAGUGCUGGUCGAUUCACAGACUUAUAAUAAUGCGAUCUGGCGCAAUGCGUUUCAUAGACAUUGGUGCAAAUUUGACUGAUCCCAUGUUUAGAGGGAUCUAUCGCGGCAAGCAAGCUCAUGCAGACGAUUGGCACCUAGUUCUAAAACGGGCACGCGAUGCAGGUGUCCAAAAACUUAUCAUGACAGGCACGAAUCUUGCUGACUCACAGGAAGCGAUUGACGAAAUAAAAAAGCAUGACGAAGAGAAUAUGUUAUACUCGACAGUGGGUUGUCACCCAACCCGCUGCACAGAAUUCGAAUCGCAUGCGGGUGGACCAACGGACUACUUUAACAAACUACUCAACAUCAUCAAGGACAAUCGACAGCAUGUUGUAGCUGUUGGGGAAUGUGGACUUGACUACGACCGUCUUCACUUUUGUCCCAAAGAAACACAGCUCAAAUACUUUGAGCUCCAAUUUGAUCUUGCAGAAAAGACGCAGCUACCCAUGUUUUUGCAUAAUCGUAACACAGGCGAUGAUUUCUACACAAUGAUCAAGGCCAAUCGACACAAGUUCCGUCAUGGCGUCGUGCAUUCUUUUACAGGCUCGGUCGAGGAAAUGAAAAAAUUGGUCGACUUGGAUUUAUACAUUGGUGUCAAUGGUUGUUCUCUCAAGACUGAAGAGAAUCUACAAGUUGUCAAGGAAAUACCCAGUGACCGAUUGAUGAUUGAAACAGAUGCUCCUUGGUGCGAGAUUCGGCCUACGCAUGCAUCGCACAAGUACUUGGACACUAUUCCAAAGGAGGAAAAAGAUCUGUAUAUGCCGUUGACUAAAAAGAAGGAAAAGUUCGAGAUGGGAUAUAUGGUCAAAAGCCGAUGCGAGCCUUGUGCUACUGGGUGAGUUUGAAUUACUACUACGUUAAUCCCUUUUCUCCCUGUCAUUGUCCUCACAUGCACACUGGUUUUUUUCCCUUUUUUGCGUGUUAGUUUGGUUUUGCAUGUCAUUGCUUCGCUACGAGGAGAAGAUCCGAAAGAGUUGGCUGAAAAGAUAUGGAACAACACAUCCGCAGUAUUCUUUCCAAACGAGUCUGCAUGAAAAAGCCAAAUUUGUAACAAGUAAACUGAAGUAUUUAAAAAAAGA